UUAGUUCAUAAUGGCUAGUGACUAUAUAGGAACUAUAAACGCCCUUUCAUGGCUGCUUAUAAGUUCCUCUCAAUCUUAAUCCUCUCUCUCUCUCUCUCUCUUCCUUCUUUUCCCUCUUCCAAAAUGGAAAGGCCGCUUAACUUGGUGGCUCGUCCGCUUUCGACUAAGUUCCUGUCUAUACUCAUCAUUCCAUUUCUCUACACGUUGACAUGGCCAUUCAUCGACGCCGCAGCCACCCAAGAGCUUCUCAAAGGCUUUGAAGCUACCCCAAAUCCUUCAAUCUCCUCGUUCCAAUCUCUCCUCGACGAUUCCUCAGGAAAGUUCUCUUUCGGUUUCCUCCGAGUCAACUCAACCCAACUCGCUCUGGCCGUUCUCCACGUGCCUUCCAAUGAACCCCUCUGGCUCGCCAACGCGACCACCUUGGCUCGCUGGUCAGACCACACGAAGGUCUUCUUCAAUGGCAGUCUUGUGAUUUCAGAUUCCCUUACGAGGGUGUUUUGGUCAACUGAAACCCAAGGUGACAAACUCGUCCUCUUAAACAAUUCCAAUCUUCAGAUACAAAAAAGCCUCGAUAACAGCAACGACGACUCAACUGUGUUAUGGCAAAGUUUUGAUUCUCCCAAAGAUACCCUUGUCGAAACUCAAAAUUUCACUUCUACCAUGUCGCUCAUUUCAUCAAAUGGCCUAUAUUCAAUGCGCCUAGGUAGCGAUUUCAUUGGAUUGUACGCAAAAUUUGAUUUCUAUUCUGACCAAAUUUAUUGGAAGCACAAAGCAUUACAAGCCAAAGCUCAAAUUAUUGAAGGUAAUGGACCAAUUCACAUCAGAGUUGAACCAGAUGGGUGGUUGGGCAUGUACCAAAAUGGAACAACGCCGGUCGAUAUUGAAUCUUUUAACAGCUUUCAACGACACCUUGAUGGACUCCUUAUGGUUCGGUUAGAACCGGACGGGAACCUCAAAGCAUAUUAUUGGACCGGGUCAAGUUGGGAUUUGGAUUAUCAAGCUAUUCGUGACACUUGUGAGUUACCACGUCCCUGCGGUUCGUACGGUUUGUGUACUCCCGGGUCGGGUUGCUCUUGCUUGGACAAUAAUACGGAAUUUUCAGCCGGUGAGUGUUCCGGACCGGGUUCGUACUUUAAUGAUUUGUGUACGGACCCCAACACUCUAAGCGACAUCAGGGUAUUAAGAAGAGAAGGAGUGGAGGCGCCGUUUAAGGAGUUAACGAGGUACGAAGCGAUGUCGUCCUUGGAAGAAUGUGAGGACUCGUGUGAAAGAAAUUGUAGUUGUUACGGGGCGGUUUACAACAAUGCAUCCGGGUUUUGCUACAUAUUGGACUACCCGAUCCAAACCCUGUUGGGAGUGGGAGAUGACAGUAAAGUUGGGUAUUUCAAAAUGAUGGAAGGAGCAAGGAAGAAAAAAGUGGAUGCUGGUUUAAGAGUGGGGAUAGGGUUAUUAGGUGGGGCCAUAGCGUGUUUGAUCGGGGCAGUCGGGUUCGGAGGCUACAAGAUUUGGAGGAGUAGGAGAGGGGUGAAUCGGAUGUUGGAGGAGGAAGCGGGUGGGGUAAUAUCUGGCCCGUAUAAGGAUCUCGGGUCGGCCAGCUUUAGAUCGAUCGAGAUGUGUAGUGGGAGUAGUCGAUAACAUGGGAUGACUUGGUUAUUUCAUUUUAGAAUUCAAUGUUCCAAUCCUUGUUCUCUUUUGGCUGGCUUUUCCCAACCAAAAAAAAGAACAAUAGAUGUGUAUUAAUGUAUACAUAAAAUAAUGUGAGAUGAGGUAAGCAAUGACAUAGGACUAGGGGGUUUGACUAAAUUUUUGAGGGUCAUCACUCACUUUUGGUUGGCCUUGUGGAUGUGGGGUCAACUUUUUGUUUUUAACAAAUUUCUUUUUGGGGGUUUUGUUUUAUUUUAGACGAGGAUGGGACCUAUCUAAUCCUGAUGGAAGAUCUUUUUAAACUUGUAAACUGUGUUUUUUUGUAGAGGAUAUACAGUGGACUCUGCACGUGGGAUCAUGUGGGCCACCCUUUGAUGUA